GGGCACCGACAUGACAAAUUGAACAAUUAUCAUAAUUUCUGGAACUGGUGUAAGGUCCAGAAAAUGAGUGAAUCCCUAUUCAACAACAUUAUCAAGGGAUGUGAGCAGCUCGCCAAAAUCGUCGAGUAUUUUCUGGGUCUAUGCAUCAUGCGGGGCAAGGCAAAUGUCAAUUUGUGGAAGGAAGAGUCAACCAAGCCCAGAUGGAACGAAAAGACGAAGCAAUGGGAAAGUCCUUAUCGUCUGAAUGUGCAGAAAUUUCCCACUCAAGCCGACGUAUUCACGAGUCUCCUCGAACAAGAACGCACAAUAGAACAAACAGGCAUGGGUGCCCACAAGAAAAACCCGGCCAUCCAUUGUGUAGACGUAGGGAUUAAACUGCAAACAAAGCAGCGUGAUCUUGCCACCGCCAUCAGAAAAGGGGACAUUUUGACCGAAGAAAUCCGACUAGCCCGUCGCAACCUAUCGGCCGAGAUUCGGCGUUACCGCAAAACACAGCUCCAGCAGAUGCCAGACCUUGGUGACAUCAUUGCUGCGAGGAAGGAAGAGGACAAGGACAUAAAGGAGAAUGUCAAAGUGGAGAACGAGUGUUUGUUCCUGCCAGUCAGACCUGGCACAUUCAGAAAUGGAGAUCGGUGGCCUGAAGAAGUUUGCAGACAUCGAGUAUAAACUCCGGGAAGGCCAAGCGAAUGAGGCCAUCAUGAUGCUCUCAAACAGCAUUAUCCACUGCAUGUUGUUGAAUGACACAUGACGGCUGCCACUCCCGUGGAGUUACGAUGAAUCUACGUUCAUUGAAAUAUAUCAAUGGCAUUGCCAAAAA